AUGUCUGAUCCUUGGUCUAUUUCUUCUGCAGAGACUGUCGAGACUGUCGAGAUUAUCGACGAAUUCACGGUCACCCCAAUACAUGAAAGUAACCAGGCAGUAGCGGCGACAUUUGGCUUUAGAGAUGACAGCGACAGUGACAGCGAUAGACCCAGAAUGUACCAUAUAUUAAGUUCGUCGUCUGCAAGUGAUGUGAGCAUUUCUGCCGAAGAGAUGGAAGAUUUAACACCCAAUAACGACAAUUCUGCUAAUGAUGAGCUGCAUGCGUUGACCAGUGCUUGGUUUUAUAAAGAGAACGAUUUGUCCGCUGACACACAAAAUUCUGGAGAUGAACAUGAACCCAUGGAAACCGAUAACGGGAGGAAGACGAACGACGGUAUUUUCUAG